UUUUAACUUCCGCACCUGAAAUCUAACGCCUCAUAUUCUCGACACUUUCUAACAGUUGCCGACGCAAAAGUGUCAUAAAACCCUCUUCAAUCAAUUACAAUUACUCUCUCUCUCCUUUUCAAAAGAAAACGACGCUUUAAUUACACGUUACAGACACCGAUACGAGUAAUUUAAAUGCUCUUUCCUCCUUUACUCCUCCAUUAUCAACUACUAAUUUCAAAUAAAUUCAGUAAUUGUAAGAAAAAGAAGAAAAAUAGUAGAAUAGAAUGGAUUUCAGUUCGUUUGUGACGUCUGUGAUUACUUCUUUUCUUAUAUUUGUGGUUUUGAUGUUGAUAUUCGCUUGGCUUUCGAGAAAACCCGGAAACCAAGUGAUUUACUAUCCGAAUCGGAUUCUUAAGGGUUUAGAAAUCGGGUCGGGAAGCCGGAACCCGAUUUCUUGGAUUAAAGAAGCUAUUUCUUCCAAAGAAGAUGAGAUUAUCGCUGUUUCUGGUGUUGAUACUGCCGUUUAUUUCGUCUAUCUUUCCACUGCUCUCACAAUGCUAGUUUUGGCUGGCAUUGUGCUACUUCCAGCUUUAUUGCCCAUUGCCGCCACUGAUCACAGUGUCAAAUUAAAUAGCACCAACCCCAAUGAAACAACUAUGGCUGAGCUAGAUCAGUUCUCCAUGGGGCAUGUUGGACAAAACAGUCCAAGAUUAUGGGCGUUUUUAGCAGCUGUCUACUGGGUUUCUCUGGUUACAUAUUAUCUCUUGUGGAAAGCAUAUAAACAUGUUUCUGUAAUAAGGGCUACAGCUCUUAAAUCUCCUGAAGUGAGAUCAGAACAAUUUGCAAUACUUGUUAGAGAUAUACCCUCUCUGUUGGAAGGCGAGACCAGGAAGGAACAAGUUGAUGCAUAUUUCAAGGACAUUUAUCCAGAUACCUUCUACAGGUCAAUGGUAGUAACAGACAAUAAGGAGGUGAACAAGAUUUGGGAAGAGUUGGAGGGAUACCGGAAGAAACUUGUGCGUGCUGAAGCAGUAUUUGCGAAGUCAAAAACAAUUGGUAACACCGAGGGAGUUAGACCCACGAACCGCAUUGGCUUCCUUGGACUCUACGGGAAGAAGGUAGAUACCAUAGAGUACUGCAAUGAGAAGAUAAAUGAACUUACACCAAAGUUAGAAACAGUGCAACAAGCGACCUUAAGAGAUCGUCAACUUUCUUCAGCACUUGUAUUCUUUUCGAGCAGGGUGACUGCAGCUUCUGCUGCUCAGAGUAUACAUGCUCCAAUGAUCGAUACUUGGACAGUCGAGGAUGCUCCUGAACCACGUCAACUGAUUUGGAGUAACCUUUCUCUCAAUUAUUAUGCCAGAGAAGUACGCAAGUACGUUGUCUACGUCAUUGUUGCUUUGACGAUAUCUUUCUUCAUGAUUCCUAUUGGAAUCUUGUCUGCAUUCACAACAUUGCAGAAUCUCACAAAGAUUCUACCUUUCAUAAAACCUGUUGUCGAAAUACCCGCAAUUCGAACAGUGUUGGAAGCUUAUCUUCCUCAACUUGCCCUCAUCAUAUUUCUGGCUAUGCUGCCCAAAGUACUCAUGUUACUUUCGAAAGUCGAAGGAAUUUCUUCGGAAAGUCAUGCAGUAAGGGCUGCUUCUGGGAAAUAUUUCUACUUCAUUGUUUUGAAUGUCUUCAUUGGAGUAACUCUUGGUGGAACCCUAUGUGGUAACUUCAAAGAUAUGAAGAAAAACCCAGGUGAAAUUCCCAAUAUACUUGGGAGGGGCCUUCCGAAAAAUGCGACCUUCUUCUUGACUUUUGUGGCUCUCAAGUUUUUCGUAGGAUAUGGGUUGGAGUUGUCUAGAUUAGUUCCGUUGAUAAUAUUCCAUUUGAAAAAGAAAUAUCUCUGCAAGACGAAAUCUGAGGUGGAUGCGGCAUGGGCUCCAGGAGAUUUCGGAUAUGCGACCAGGUUUCCCGGUGACAUGCUUAUUCUCACAAUUACCCUCUGCUACUCUGUGAUUGCACCUCUUAUCAUUCCCUUUGGUGCUCUCUACUUCGGUCUAGGAUGGCUCGUCAUGAGGAAUCAGGCUCUAAAAGUCUAUGUUCCGUCAUUUGAGAGCUACGGAAGAAUGUGGCCUCAUAUGCAUAAAAGAUUUCUUGCUGCACUAGUCCUUUAUCAAAUUACCAUGCUUGGUUACUUUGGAGUAAAGGAGUUCCCCUAUGCUGCCCUAAUCAUUCCACUUCCGAUCAUUUCCUUAAUCUUUGCGUUCGUGUGUAACAAGAAAUUCUACGGCUUUUUUCAACACACGGCUCUUGAAGUUGCAAGUUGUAAACUGAAGGAAACUCCGAACUAUGAACGUGUUUACCAAUCAUUUUUUCCUCCAAGUUUGGGUUCAGAUAAGCUAGAUGUGGAGUAUGGAGAUGUUUAGUCUUAAGUUUCUAUGUAGGUGUUUGUUUGAUCAUGUACAUUUAUAUCAUUUUUUCUUUCAUUUCUUCUACUCUUUUAUUGUGUGGAAAGCCAUAAGCUUAGUCUCACUUGUUGAUACUUUGUUUUUAGGAGUACAUAUCUAAGUAUGGGUCUCUUUGUAAAUUGCAGGUUUCUCUCUCUUUGAAACCUUUUUCGAAUCGAGGGACUCUUUGACUGCACUCUCCUCUAUGGGUAUGAGCUGCCGUCGUUCUUCCCUCCCCAGACUCUGAUUAUAGUUUUCUAUGGGUGGGAUAUAUUGGGUAUGAAUGUAUGAUGAUGAUAUCUAAGUAUGGGACUUAUGUGUGAAUUAUCCUAUUCAAUACUCUAGUUUUUUAAUUUUGAACA